AUGUCUUGGCGACUGGGCAAGAAAUUACGCGAUAGCUCGAGCUUCUCGUUUGGGUCACAACCUGUGACAUUGCCAGUCGACCGCUCCGCGACACCGAAGCCCAAUGCGUCCGGCCACCAGCGGACUGGGAGCCGGGACCCCACGUCCAUUCCCUCGACCCCCACCUCGCCAGAGGCGCCACGCAAGGCGGUGGGCGGCUCCAACUCGGAUCUGCUAACGGUCAGCGUGGUCACUGCGCGUGGUCUGUCACUCCCAUCAGGCAAGACCCUCCAAACAGACGCAAAGAAGGCGCAGGGCGGUGAUGCUUCGCAGCCGAAGCGCACGCUACGGCAGCGGCAGGCACUCCUGCCCUAUGUUGUGCUGGAGUUUGACAAGAAUGAGGUGCUGAUCCUCGCAUCGGGCGGCGAUCUUCCCUCGCCGCAGUGGCAGUUUACCGCAAACUUCGACGUCUCGCGCAAGACCGAAGUGAGUCUGCAUGUGUAUAUGCGUGGCGAGGCUGUGGUCUCACCUACACCCACUGGCAUACUUGGCCUCUUCCGCAGCUAUACGCCGAAAGCCGAGGACCAACAAGGAGCGCGGCGCAACCCCAUGACGGACCUGAUGGGCGAGAGCGAUGUUUAUCUCGGAAGCGCCAAGCUCGUCCCAUCGUUUGAAAGUGCACGUUCAUUGGAUACGUGGCUCCCCAUUUCUGGCGGCACAGGCGAAAUUCAUGUACAGCUAGCCUACAAGCCCCAGCAAGGACACACGCUCUCCAUCGAGUCCUUUGAGCUCCUCAAGGUGAUUGGCAAAGGCAGUUUCGGCAAGGUGAUGCAAGUGCGGAAACGCGAUACGGCACGCAUCUAUGCCCUCAAGAUCAUCCGCAAAGCGCAUAUUAUUUCACGGUCGGAAGUGACGCACACGCUGGCGGAGCGCACGGUCCUUGCACAAGUAAACAGUCCCUUUAUCGUGCCGCUUAAGUUCUCGUUCCAGAGCCCCGACAAGCUGUACCUUGGACUGGCGUUUGUGAAUGGUGGCGAGCUCUUUCACCACCUGCAGCGCGAAGGGCGCUUUAGUGAGGCGCGUGCGCGCUUCUACACCGCCGAGCUCUUUUGUGCAUUGGAGCAUCUGCACGACUUCAACGUCAUCUACCGUGACUUGAAGCCGGAAAAUAUCCUGUUGGACUAUACCGGGCACAUUGCGUUGUGCGACUUUGGCCUAUGCAAGCUGAAUAUGGGUGACAAAGAGACGACGCAUACCUUUUGCGGCACGCCCGAGUACCUCGCACCCGAGCUGCUGUUGGGCCACGGCUAUACCAAAUCCGUCGACUGGUGGACGCUCGGCGUGCUCCUCUACGAGAUGCUCACGGGCCUGCCCCCCUUCUACUCGGAGGACGUGAACGAGAUGUACCGCAAGAUUCUUCAUAACCCCCUGACUUUCCCCCCCGAAGUGCAGCCGGACGCGCGCGACUUGCUGACGCGACUGCUGCACCGCGAUGCAUCACAGCGCCUGGGAUACGGCCCUCACGGCGCAGCAGAUAUCAAAAGUCAUCCAUUUUUCACCAAGCAUAUCGACUGGAACCAGCUCCUUGCCAAAAAGGUCCAGCCACCCUUCAAGCCCGGCGUGGCCUCGGCCUUUGACACGUCCAACUUUGACCCCGAGUUCACCAGCGAGCCCGCGUUGGACAGCGUCGUGGAUGAGAGCCAUAUGAUCAGCGCCACCAACCAAGAGCAAUUCGCCGGUUUUAGCUACAAUGCUGCUGCGGAAGGCGCAAGCGGCGAGAGUUUAUGGCAGUAA